AUUUACAGAUAGUCCACAUCGCGAUUUGAUUGAAGUGUAAUGACGGGCUUUUGAUUCAUUCAUUCAAACUUUGACAAAUUCAGUGAAUUCCUCGAAAAUCAUAGGGCGAUACAAAAACAUUCGUGGCUAGAGAAAAAUCUUUCCUAUCAGAUGUCAAAUAGACAUAUUAGAUGUCUUUAAGAUGUUUAUAAUUUAGAACGUAUGUAAAACUGACAUCUGAAAGACGUGUGUCAGACGUUUGUACACAGCAGGUGCUUUCCAGAUCAAGAGAUCUUUUUGCAGACGUAUGUGUGCUAUCUAGGACGACCACACAAUGUGGUCAGUGUAUCAGUAUUUUAUAUUCCGAGUUGUGUUGUGGUAAAAAUAGCGACAGGUAGCGCCAGCAGCUCACCGAGUGCAACCAUUUGACAUCAUCAAAAUAAUGGCGACCCCAUAGUCCAAGAGUUUUUUUUAGAUAUCAUAAGUCUUUCAAAGGUUUUCUACUACACACUUUAGUAAGAGACGUUACUUAUGUUAUAUUAAGCCAUACAAGUCUUAUACCCAAGAAGAUUAACCCUGACCGAAAAGAAGAAAAAAUGGAAUGAUACACAAUAAAAAACAGAAUCAGAAAGAAUGAGAUUUCAGUUUUGAUGAGCUGCCUUCACAGGCACAAGCUUACAUUCGCUAUAGACUAUUUCACUAGAUGUAAACAACACUGGUCCAGAAGAACUUCCUGUUUUUUUGUUUUUCAUUUUUUAUUUCAUUUCACAUAUACAAAUACAUCUUAAAGGUGCUAAUGUAACAUUUUCAUCCAGUCAAAUGUUAUGUUGGUUGUAUUUUUUUGUGAUGUUUGUGUAAAGUUAAAAAAAGAAACAGGAAGUGUAUGAGACCAGUAUGUUUACAUCUGACGAAAUGGUCUAUAUCGAGAAUUUCAUGAAGGUGCCAGGUAAAACCAAAUUACUAAAAUACAUAAAAACCAAACUGAUUUUAAGAAUGGUCAUGUACUGUUUAUUUUUUUUUAAUGUAAUCCAGUGUGAAGGGCGGUGAGCGCUAAAUCUUGUCUUUUUAAUUCAGUGUUUGUGUAUACUCUUAAGACCGGUUUGACGUGGUAUAAAAUACCAAAAGAGACUUUCACUCUUCAUGAUAUUGGAAAAAAAAGGCAUUGUUAUUAAUUGUCAGCAAUUAGUGCACUGACACUGAUCUUGAAUCUAUGAAUGACAGUUACACAUAAACAGAUAUACAUUGCAUUCCACCUAGUGCACAAACUCAUUUGCUGCUGUUUUUUUUUGAAAAAUAAAGUGCGAAACUAAUUAUGGUUUUAAGUGAAUGUUUGUGUGAAUGCGUUUUUCACUCUGAAAACUAUAUUUCAAAUGGGAGCUGCUUAAUGGUUAAUCUAGAUGGUUUACAAAUCUGUUGUCACUUUUAAAGCGUUUAGUUAAGACUAAACUGAAAGCUAAUUACGAAUUUAGGGGUGAUGACAUAUUCUAUUAUGCUGUUCUAGGAAAAUAUUUUGUAAUCUUAAAUAUGAGAAUACGGUGAGUAAUAGCUACACGGGAAAAUAGGAUUCAGACGAACAGGGUAGUUUGAUUGAGCGUCAGUGUAACAUUUGUCUCUCGAGGGAGCGGUUAAUCAAAAAUAAUGCAAGUUUUGCUGUGUGUGCUGUGUCUCGUCCUGUACCAUACAUUUGGGAUGGACCUUCAGCAUCUUCACAAACGAAAUAUCGGCAAUACAUCUGUUGAAGCAGGGAAUCUCUACGUCAGCACCUUUUGCAAACCACGUGAAACUUUAGUUAAAGUUGAGGAUGAAUUUCCUGAGGUGAUGCACAGAGUUUUUCCCUCAUGUGUGCCUCUGCAGCGCUGUGGAGGCUGCUGUACUGAUGAAGCUUUGCUGUGUGUGAAUGUGAGCACACACAUCACUGUGAUCCAGUUCAUGCAGAUUACCAACAAUGCAGAUGGAAAAAGGGUUGAAGAAAUUAUUAAACUGCCGUUUGUUGAACACAGAGAGUGUCGGUGUCGGCCCAGGCACGAGCUAUGAUGCUUUUGUGGAAACAGCUCAUCCAUACACAGAAAUUGUAAUCUGCUUAUUUAACCAGAUUUUUUUUUUUAUCAAGUUAUUUAAGUGAUUUACUAUUACUAACAGUUCUAAUUUAUUAAUUAUAAUAACAACAACAUUACUUUUCUAUUUAUAUUUCUACUUAAUCAUGUCUUUUAAUGAAAUGUCUAGAAGAAAACCUAUGAAAGAUUUGUUAUUUUAAAAAAUCCAUGUCGUUUUAUACAUAUUUUGGACUAUGUGGGGCACCAUUUUUCGAUGACAUCAAAUGGUUGCACUCCUGAGCUACUGCCGCUACCUGUUACUAUUUUUUUUAUCACAUAUGCCGCUACCUGUUAUUAUUUUUGAUCACAUAUUUUUUAUCAACUUAACAAAAUACUGAUACUUAACUAGCACAGCUACUGAAAGAGCUUACAGGUGGCGAUGCAUGUAAGCGUAAGUUUAAACCAAAUGCCGUACCAUUGAUUUUCCCCACAUGUACACUGUAAAAAAUAAAAAACAAUUUGUUGAAUCAGCUUAAAAUAAUUUGUUACCCUGCUACCUUAAAAUUUUAAGUUCAGGCAACUAAAAUAAGUUUAUUCAACUUGAAAUGUUAAGUUGUACUAAGUAACAACUUAGAUAUUUGUGUUUGCUAAACUUAACUGAUGGGUAAGUAACCCAGCUGCCUUAAAAUUUUAAGUCGAUUCAACUCAGAUAUCUAAGUUGUCACUUUAACAUUUCAAGUUGAAUAAACUUUUUUUGAGUUGACUGAACUUAAAAUUUUAAGGCAGCCAGGUUACAAAUUAUUUUAAGUUGACUCAACAAAUUGUUUUUUUACAGCGUAGUCUAAAUACCCCCGGAUAUCAAGUGAAAUCCACACCUAGAAACUGCUUCAGGGGCUGCGGCGUCAUGACAAGCGUGGACAUGUUUACAUCCUGCUAGGAUGGCAUCUAGCAUUUCUUGUCUUUGCGGUUUGUAAGGUCUUUCAGUAACUGUGGUCUACUAAAAAACUCAAAGGCAUCAAGUGGAGAGAACAAAGACGCAGGUCUUUAAAAAGUUUUUAUUCGUCUACAGGCAUCUUCCCAUUCUUGUCUUUAAGAUGUUUAUUAUUUAGAAUGUAUGUAAAACUGACAUCUGAAAGACGUCUGUCAGAUGUUUGUACACUGUUUGUACACAGCAGGUGCUUUCCAGAUCAAGAGAUCUUUAACAGACAUCUUGCAGACGUGUGUGUAUUAUCUGGGAAGACUUAUAUUGUUUCUCUUGUUGCCCUUCGACUGAAAAUUACAGCCAAAAGCCACACAGUGUGGUCAGUGUAUCGGUAUUUUAUAUUCCGAGUUGUGUUGCGGUAAAAAUAGCAACAGGUAGCACCAUCGAGUGCAACCAUUUGACAUCAUCAAAAUAAUGGCGACCCCAUAGUCCAAGAGUUUUUUUUUAGAUAACAUAAGUCUAUCAAUGGUUUUCUACUACACACUUUAGUAAGAGACGUUAUUUAUGUUAUAUUAUGCCAUACAAGUCUUAUACCCAAGAAGAUAAACCCUGACUGAAAAGAAGAAAAAAUGGAAUGAUACACAAUGAAAACAGAAUCAGAAAGAACGUCAAACAUGGUACAUAUGCUGGUGCUUAUGUUUUGAAUGCUUUCUUAGUAAUA